AAAAAUGGUACAAAAAAACUAAACCAUCAAUGAAAAAUCCAAAAUCUACAUAUGUGAACUCCACCAACUUCACCCCUUCUUACAUUUUCAUAUAUAUUCUUCAUUUUGCCCUCUCUCAUAAUGCUACUAGCCCAUCCAGCUAGCAAGCCACCUCUCUCUCUUUCUCUCUCACCCUCCCUCUUUUCUUCAUCUUUUUUUUUUUCCUAAAAAUUUAAAACUUUUUUCUAACUCAAAAGCUUGUUUGAACCCCUUCAAAUUCUAAUUAUAAGCACCUCAUAGAUCUCACUCUUCUCAACCAGAAAAAAAAAACCUUCUAAAUCAAAAAACACAAUGAAGUUCAAAAUACCAAAAUCAAAACUUUUAUUUUUCAUUUUUCUCACCCUAUUGUGUCUUCCAUUUCUCAAUGCCUCAAAAACUAGAAAAACAAUCAUGAAAGAUCAAUUCAAAGAAGCUCCUCAAUUCUACAAUUCACCAUAUUGUGCCUCCAUCACUGAAGCAGAAUCAGACACCGAACAAGACACAGACACUGAUACAUACUACAUCUGCUCUGAGGAAGCAGUACAUGUGGCAAUGACAUUAGACACAACAUACAUCAGAGGAUCCAUGGCUGCAAUCCUCUCUGUCCUCCAACACACAUCAUGCCCAGAAAACAUCAUCUUUCACUUUGUUUGUUCUUCAAACAUUUCACUUCUCAGCUCCACAAUCUCAAAAUCUUUCCCUUACCUUAAAUUCCAAGUCUACAAUUUCGAUGAAUCGAUCGUUUCAGGACUAAUCUCAUCCUCGAUUCGAUCAGCACUUGAUUGUCCUUUAAACUAUGCAAGAAGCUACUUGGCAAAUCUACUUCCAUUAUGUGUUAGAAAAAUUGUUUACUUAGAUUCAGACCUUAUCUUAGUUGAUGAUAUCAUAAAACUUGCAUCAACACCAUUAACCGAAAAAAAUGCAGUUUUAGCAGCACCAGAAUAUUGCAAUGCAAAUUUCACAUAUUACUUCACACCAACAUUUUGGUCCAACCCAUCUUUGUCUUUAACAUUCGCGAAUCGAAAAGCUUGUUACUUUAAUACCGGAGUUAUGGUAAUCGAUCUAGAAAAAUGGCGCGAAGGCGAUUACACAACAAAGAUUGAAGAAUGGAUGGAAUUACAAAAGAGGAUUAGAAUCUAUGAACUUGGUUCAUUGCCACCUUUUUUACUUGUUUUUGCAGGUGAAAUUGUUCCUGUGGAUCAUAGAUGGAAUCAACAUGGUCUUGGUGGCGAUAAUUUUCGAGGUCUAUGUAGAGAACUUCAUCCUGGUCCAGUGAGUUUAUUGCAUUGGAGUGGAAAAGGUAAACCAUGGGUGAGAUUGGAUGCUAAUAGACCUUGUCCUUUGGAUACUCUUUGGGAACCUUAUGAUCUUUUGAAGACACCAUUUUCUCUUGAAUCUUGAUUAAUCUUGAUUAAGGGAAAAUAAACAAAGUUUAAAUGUAAUUAAUAAAAAAUAUAUAUAUAAUGUUGUUGAGGGGAAAAAAUAAUACAUGGCUCUGUAUAUAGCUGAAGAGAGCUGCAUAUUUUGAAUGAUUAAAUUCAAUGAGUAAAUUUUGUUCUGUAUAAGAACAUCAUCAAAUUCAAGUUUAUGUAUAGAAAUUUUGUUUUGAUUUGUUCA